GCUGGGAGAAGGUUCUGCUCUUCUUCACCCAGACAGCAGGUCCCACCCUCGGUCCUUGGAGAAGAGUGCAUGGAGAGCUUUCAAGGAGUCACAGUGUCAUCAUAUGCUGAAACACCUCCACAACGGAGCCCGGAUCACUGUGCAGAUGCCUCCCAAUAUUGAGGGACACUGGGUCUCUACUGGGUGUGAAGUUAGAGCAGGCCCAGAGUUCAUCACAAGAUCUUACAGGUUCUACCACAAUAAUACAUUUAAGGCCUAUCAGUUUUAUUACGGUGGCAACCGCUGCACAAACCCUAUCUACACCUUAGUUAUUCGUGGCAAAAUACGCCUCCGCCAAGCAUCCUGGAUCAUCCGAGGGGGCACUGAAGCUGAUUAUCAGUUACGCAACAUACAGAUCAUAUGCCACAACGAAGCAGUAGCCAAAAAAUUAAGUGAGUUGGUGAAUAAUACAUGUCCUGGAUUUGUACCAGAAGAUAGUCCCUGGGAGCAGGAUGUGAGCUACGAUCUGCUGAGAGAAGAGAAUGGCUGUGAAUGCACCAAAGCUCUGAACUUUGCCAUGCAUGAACUCCAGCUGAUCCGUGUGGAGAAGCAGUACCUGCACCACAAUUUGGACCACCUUGUGGAGGAGCUAUUUCUUGGGGACAUUCAUACUGAUGCUACUCAGAGGAGAUACUAUCGACCCUCUAGCUACCAACCUCCUCUUCAAAAUGCCAAGAACCACGACCACACGUGCAUUGCGUGCAGGAUCAUCUACCGGUCGGAUGAGCACCAUCCUCCCAUCUUACCCCCCAAGGCAGAUUUGACUAUUGGGCUACACGGAGAAUGGGUGAGCCAGCGCUGCGAGGUGCGACCGGAGGUCCUCUUCCUCACUCGGCACUUCAUCUUCCAUGACAACAACAACACCUGGGAAGGUCACUACUACCACUACUCCGACCCCAUCUGCAAGCACCCCACCUUCACCAUCUACGCCAAGGGACGCUACAGCCGGGGAGUGCACUCGUCCAAAGUGAUGGGUGGCACGGAGUUUGUGUUCAAAGUGAAUCACAUGAAGGUCACUCCCAUGGAUAUAUCCACAGCCUCUCUGCUCAAUGUCUUCAACGGGAAUGAGUGCGGAGCGCAGGGGUCCUGGCAAGUUGGGGUUCAACAAGACGUCACCCACACAAACGGCUGCAUCGCGCUCGGCAUCCGCCUACCUCACACUGAGUAUGAAAUCUUCAAAAUGGAGCAGGACGCCCGGGGCAGGUAUUUGCUGUACAACGGCCAGAGACCGAGCGAUGGGUCCAGCCCUGACCGGCCAGAGAAGAGAGCCACUUCCUACCAGAUGCCUUUAAUUCAGUGUGCUUCGUCAGUGCCCAGAUCCGAAGAGUCACCAGAGGAGAAUAAAAUAAGGCCAUAUAACAGCAGGGCAUCAGAAAAAUAUCCCAGCGCCCCAGCUCUUGCUUUGGUGUUGUUUAUUUGUACUGUGUCAUAUUGGGACAUUCCCAGCUAGAAGUGGAAAAAAACCCUUCCUUUUCAUGACUACAAAGCCAGGAUUCCACCAGACUGGGGGUUGUUUUUCUUCUGAAAGAAAGAGACAUUUAUUUUCUUGAUGCACUUGAAUGCCUGAGAACUGUUGUUCUUUUCCUUACUUCCCCCUUCCUCCUCGAAAACCAAACGGCACUCGUUUGAUGUUUGUGCUUUGAACUUCAUCCAGUCUGAUCCCUGGCCUGACAUGACUGCACAAAAGUAAUUGCACUUUAGGACUGCAGACCUUAGGGGGAGGGAAGGGGUCUCCUUUUGUUUUGUUUUAACUGCUGGGGUGAACAGUAUGAUCCAGCUUCAGCCAUCUCUGCCAUCUUACUAUUCUGGUAUUCCUCUCCCGAGCGCUGGAUUUCUCAUCAGAACUUAGCUCUGGGGCAGGGCUCGGUGUCGCACCAGUACUGUGAUAGCAGCUUCCCCCUCUGACUUCACAGCUCUGAUGUAGAUACGUAUAUAAGGAGGAAACCCACAAAGAUGUACCUUUAUCUCACAGACCCUAACACAAAAUGAAACAGCAAAUCAAUAGCCCUCCGUUCAGAUAGUGCUAAAUGGUUGAUACCUCUACUUUAAAAAGUAUUCCAAAUAAUUUAA